AGGAAGCUCCUCACAUGGUUAUUUGAGUUAGCAAGUAACGUUAACGUCAGCGGCUUAAUGUGUGUUACCAACCCAGUCUCGAAAUGGUGUUAGCGCUGUAUUUCGCAGAUGAAAUUUAACACUGUGUUUUACAAGCAACCUUUUACAAGAAAAAUUGUGAAGCACCUAAAUAUUUUGGUUGUUCGAUUGUAGCUAAAUAUCACUCAUGGAGUUUCUCCCAGUACUUGACCCUCUAGAUAAACCCAAAGAAGGAGUAUGGUAUUCUCUCAUACCCAGAGGAAGUGCUCCAGGUGUUAGUGUGGGCCACACCUGCACAUUUGUUCCAUCAGGAGAUGGAGGAAAAGGAAGAAUCCUCAUUGUUGGAGGAGCUAACCCCAGCGGCAGCUUCUCACAUUCUUAUACCAUUAAUUUAGAUAAUCAUGAAUGGGACAUCCCAGAGUGGGAGGGUUUGGACUCGCGGUAUGAACACUGCAGCUUUGUGCCGGAGGGCUGCCCUCAGAGCCUAUGGGUGUUUGGAGGAGCCCAGCAGAGCGGCAAUCGCAAUUGUAUCCAGAAUUUACAGCUAACAGAGAGCUGCUCUCACUGGAAGAAUGUAGUGGUGAAUGGCAAACCCCCCAGUCCCAGGACAUACCACACCAACUCAGCCUGCCUUGGGGACAGGUUGUAUAUAUUCUCUGGUGGGGAAGCAGGAGCUGCACCUGUCUCAGACCCCAAGCUUCAUGUCUUUGAUGCAGCCACUUCCACUUGGUCUCAACCAGAAACACAGGGAAGACAUCCACCGGCCAGACAUGGCCAUAUUAUCGUAGCAGUGGGCUCAAAGAUCUACAUUCAUGGAGGCAUGGCUGGAGACAAAUUCCACAAGGAUAUGUACUCGCUUGACUCGAGGAGCAUGACAUGGGAAAAAGUGCAGACCAAAGGAGACAUCCCACCAGGAGUAGCAUCCCACUCAGCUGUGACGCUGGGCAAGAACAUGUACAUUUUUGGGGGCAUGACUGCAGAUGGCGCAAGCAACUCCAUGUACAGAUUCAAUACAGAUAAAUGUAGAUGGGUCCUCUUGAAGUUUGAAGGCGAUAUGCCACCCAACCGCCUGGACCACUCCAUGUGUUUAUUGCCGUGGAAGGUGUGUGGUGAAGGGAAUGGAGGCGGGGAGAAAGCCAGCAACCCAGCAGGAUCAGAGACAAUAAAUCUGGCCUUUGUGUUUGGAGGGAUGGACACCCAGGGUGUCAUUCAUAAUGACUGUAUUGUGACUGUGGUGGCAUGAUGUGACAUGAUUUCAUUUACCAGCUUUGUAAUAAACUGUUUGUAAUUACUUGCAUUUUUUAAAUUAGAAACCUGACAAGUAGAGGUCUUUUCUGUAUUAGGAUAAUGAAAUUGAUAGUUUAGCAAAUUCACUGGAAAACUGAGGCACUGGUGGUAAGAGAGAGCUAAAAUGUUUAUAAUUUGAAGCAGUAAAACUCCAAACAAACACAGUAAGAGGCAAUCAAGUGACAUUUUGUAUCAAACAUUUAUUUCAAUGUCUUUCCAGAAGUACAAUGACCAGAUUCAAUAAAUAACUUUUAGCAUUGCCUGUGAA